GGAAUAGGAGUAUUAGUUUUACAUGAAAGCGUAGAGGGAGAAUGUACCACUGGUCUGAAAAAUUGAUAAAAACCAAACAAAAACUGCUUGAUUAGCUGUGCAAUUUUUUCUCUCUUCAUUUUCUUCUACUCUUCACUCUUUCUCUCUCUUCAUCUUUCUCAUCUGACUCCUUCAAUUUCUCCAACCUCUUUGUUGGGGAGAAAUUUAAAUCCCUAAUUUCACUCUCAAUUUACACUUUUUUUUUUUUUUUUUUUUGAUGUACUAAUUAUUUAGUUCGAUUAAUUCCGGGUUUGAAGAUUUUAAAAUGGCGGGUCAAAAUCAAGGAGGAGCAGGAAAUAUGGAUCAAUUUGAGGUGUUUUUUAAAAGGGCAGAUUUGGAUCAUGAUGGUCGGAUUAGUGGUGCUGAAGCUGUCGCUUUUUUUCAAGGAUCUGGGUUGAAUAAACAAGUUCUUGCUCAGAUAUGGAUGCAUGCCGAUCAGAAUCGUGCAGGUUUCCUUGGUCGUCAAGAGUUUUAUAAUGCUCUGAAGCUGGUAACAGUAGCACAGACUAAGCGAGAACUGACUCCUGAGAUUGUGAGGUCAGCAUUGCAUGGACCAGCUUCAGCCAGGAUCCCUCCUCCACAAAUAAAUCUACCUCCUGCCGCUACACCUCAAGCAUCUCCUGUGCCUAGUUCACCUGCAAUGUCGAUGGGUUCUGGGAUGCCUACAGCGUCACAAAAUCUUGGUUAUAGAGGGCCUUUACCACCUAACCAGAACAUGCAGCAGCAAUAUUUCCCAUCUCCAGGGAACCAAUUGACGAGGCCUGCUCAAGGUCUGCCAACUGGGGUUCCAGCCUCUAAUUUGUCAUUUCCUGGUCGUCCAAGCUUAGGCAUGUCGACCCCUGGUUUCCAGAGCUCGGGCAUGUCUACCCCUGGUUUCCAGAGCUCGGGCAUGUCGACCCCUAGUUUCCAGAGCUCAGGCAUGUCGACCCCUGGUUUUCCAAGCCUAGGAAUGUCGGCUCCUGGUGUCCCAAGUUCUGGAAUGGCUCCAUCUGUUGUUCCAAGCUCAGGAACAUCUACUCCUGGUCAUCCACACUCUAGUGUCUCAGCCAAUUGGAUGGGUGGAAACAUGAGUGGGGCUCCUUAUGGACAAAUGUCGCAAGUUUCUAAUGUGGGGACCACUCCAUCUACUCCACAAAAUAUGCCAGUGACCAUCCCCCAAGCUGCAAACAAUAGCUCUAAAGCAACAGCUGCUUCUGGAGGUGACCCUUUUGCUGCUUUUUCAAUGACCAAACCAGGUGCUUCUCCAGCAACAUCUUCAGCUAUAGUUCCUGUGUCUGCUUCAGCCCCAGCAUCCUCUAUAACAACUUCGUCGGCAAUCGUUCCUUUAGCCUCUUCAACACAGGCUCCAUUAAGAUCAAAUUCUCUUGAUUCAUUACAGAGUGCCUUUGUGAAGCAGCCUGUUGGGGGUGGUCAGUCACAUCAGGCACAAGCUUUCUCGAAUCUGUCUCAGUCUUUACCUCAAGUCACUUCCUCUGGUGUUUCACCUGGACUUUCAGCUGGACCUGUUAAGUCUAUUUUAGAACAAUCCCAGCCACCAUGGCCAAAGAUGACUACUCCAGGUAUACAAAAAUAUACCAAAGUUUUCACAGAGGUGGAUACUGAUCGAGAUGGAAAAAUCACGGGUGAACAGGCACGUAAUUUGUUCCUGAGCUGGAGACUACCAAGAGAGGUUUUAAAGCAGGUGUGGGACUUAGCUGACCAGGAUAAUGACAGCAUGCUUUCAUUGAGGGAGUUCUGCAUAGCCCUAUUUUUGAUGGAGCGGUAUAGAGAAGGGCGUCCCCUUCCAGCUUCACUUCCCAAUAGCAUUAUGUUAGAUGAAACUCUUAUGCGGAUGUCAGGUCUUCCAAAUUCUUUGCAUGGCAAUGCAGCAUGGGGAGCAGCAUCUGGUGCUGGUUACAGGCCAGCACAGGGAAACGCUGCUUCCUCACCUGGUGCAGCUGGUUUGAGGCCAGUCAUGAAUUCAGUUCCUCAGCCUGACAUGACCAUGCAAUUCCAGCAGCCAAAGUCAAGAGCAUCUGUAUUGGAUAAUUCCCAAACAAACCAUUUUAGUGACGGCGACAAGGAUUUGCUGCAACCAAGUGCUCUAGAAACAAAUAAUGCAGAAAAUAAGGUUGAAAAGGUGGAGAAAGUAUAUCUAGAUUCCAGGGAAAAGCUCGAGUUCUACCGUACAAAAAUGCAGGAACUUGUUCUAUACAAAAGUCGAUGUGAUAAUCGACUGAAUGAAAUCAUUGAGAGAGCAUCUGCAGACAAGCGUGAGGCGGAUUUACUGGGAAAGAAAUAUGAAGAAAAAUAUAAGCAAGUAGCAGAAAUAGCUUCCAAGCUAACUAUUGAAGAGGCUAAUUCCCGAGAAUAUCAGGGGCGAAAAGCAGAGUUACAGCAAGCAAUUAUUAACAUGGAACAAGGUGGAAGUGUUGACGGUAUUCUUCAGGUACGUGCUGAUAGGAUACUGUCAGAUUUUGAGGAGCUCCUAAAAGCUUUGUCUGAACGCUGCAAGAAACAUGCAAUAGAGAUUAAGUCCGCAGCAUUGAUUGAGCUUCCUAAAGGCUGGCAACCUGGAAUUCAAGAAGGAGCUGCUGUCUGGGAUGAAGAAUGGGACAAGUUUGAUGAUGAAGGACUCCAAUUUGACAAGGAGGUCGGUACGGACACACAAACUGCUAAGACUUCUCCGAGAUCUACAUUAUUUGAGAAUGGAACAUACUCUCAUGAUGAUGUAUAUAGCCCUGAUAGUAAAGGUGAACGUGCUUUUGAUAGUGAAUCUGCUUACCCCCAUAGUGAAGAUGAUUCAGCAAAUAGCCCACAUGGAAGUCCAGUACCUCGAGCAUCACAAGAUUUUUCAGAUAUUUUUGCAAAGAGCGAGGCAGAUACAGAUUUCCAGCAAAGCUUUGAUGACCAGGGUUGGGGCAAUUUCGAUGGUACUGAUGAUGCAGAUUCAGUUUGGGGAUUUAAUUCCAAGGACCAGCAUGGUGAUCGUCUGUUUGAAUCCAGUGGCUUUGGUUCAAGUCCUAGAACAGAUUCUCCACAAGGGGACAGCAGUUAUAAUAAAAGAAGCCCAUUCAAUUUUGCUGACUCCGUGCCUGGAACACCAUCAUUCUCUAAGUCUGGUAACUCUCCAAGAUAUAGUGAGGCUGGGGACAACUUCUUUGAUAAUUACUCAAGGUUUGAUUCCUUCAACAUGAAUGAAAGCAGUCGGUUUUCUCCACCACGUGAAACCCUUACAAGGUUUGACUCUGUAAGUAGCAGCAGGAGUGGCUUUGGUGGCCAUAGUCGAGGAUUUACUUCGUUUGAUGAUGCAGAUCCCUUUGGAUCCUCUGGACCUUUUAAGGUCUCCUCUGAAACACCCAAGAAAGCUUCAGAUAAUUGGAGUUCAUUCUAGUUCAUUGGGUUUUGUUCUAGGAUCAACUCCCAUAUUCUUCAUUUUGUGGAACAAGUGAUAUGUAGCAGCCAUUUUUCGUGUGCUUGUAUAGUUUUAGUCUUGUGUAAAUUCAUCGGUAUUUGUUCCUUUGUAAUGUUUUGUAGACCUGCAAUAUGUUUCUCCUGGCAUAUAGAAACCAGAAGAACGUUGUGCAUUAUUAAUUCAUUUGUGAAUUGUGUCAGCUCUUCGCCUGGUUAGGAGUGAAACGAGGUAGAAAAAAGAAACUACUCCAUAAUGAACGAUCAACACAUUGAAAUUACAUUGUCAAGGUACUGAAUUUGGUAGUAUUAUUCUGUUUAAUCUCAUGAAUUGUUUACGUUGGAUA